AGUAGCAUCUGUGUCAGUAAAAAAUUCUAAGGGUUAACAUAACAUGAUGUAAACUGUUUCAUCUGUUCUUCCUACUUGCCCAUUUUAAUCAGAAAUGAGUAAGUAGAGUUUAUAUGCAAUGAACUUGAAGAAUGCUAAUGGGAUGUCUGCAUCGUGUUGUACCCAGAGUUCUUAUGCCAGAAUAGGAGAGCCUUUAAUUCUGUAAUUCUCUGAGGCAAGAAAAGCUUUCUGAAGAAUUACCUUAAAUUUAAACUCUCAUUCUAAUGUUAGGCAGCCUGUUGGAUUUCUGAGUUAAAAAUUGCUUCAGCUUUAGUUACUAGAGCCAGAUGUAACAUUGACCUUAAAUGGUAAAAGCUCCCAAGAGUGAAAGAGAGGCUGGCCCGAGGGGAAAGAGGAAUAACUGAAGUUUUAGGUGCACAAGGCUCGUGCAUACUGAAAUUGUAGACCUUCACCCACAUCCACUCUGCCUGUGACAUGCACCGCCGGGGAGCGCAGUGAUGCAUUCGUGAGGACACUGAUGAGGACAGCUCCCUGAUUCCUGGGCAGGUGCCACACCUGCAGAUCACGAGGCCUCCCAGAGCUUAUGCCUUCAGGCUAACUUGAAACAGAUACUGCCAGCAGUGCAUGAUCCUCUUAGUCAACCUUGCAGCUCCACGUGCUUCACGCUGCCCACCAUGCCAACCUUACCUGAAGACAAGGGACAAGCAAAAGAGGCCCAGCACAACAGCUCUCCUCCAGCCAAAGAAACAACUUUUGAAGGGACAACAUGCAGCACACCUUCUAUUGUUCUUCCAGAGAAUGCUGUCACGCCAGAUGUAGAAAUUGAUAAAAAUCUGGUUAACAGGCCUCGGAGUCCUCAUAGGAGACAUUCUAACCGUGCCACCAGGAAUUCAACAAGUUCACUGACUUCUGUUGACAAUAGUGGUCAUGUGAUUGAUCUGGUGAAUGAUCCACUACCAGAUGUCAAAAUAUCAGAGGAAGACAAAAAGAAGAACCUUGAAUUGUUAGAAGAAGCAAAGAAAGUGAGUGAGAGGUUCCUAACACGCAGAGGCAGAAAGUCAAGAAGCAGCCUCUCAGAGUCACCCACAGGGUUGGAUGCAUGCACAACCACUAGUAUUGAGUCAGUAUCUCCAGGGCAGAAUAACAGAAUUGUGAAAGAGGAUGACAAGCAAACUGCAGAGAAUGCUGCAAAAGGAUUAAUUGAUCGAAGGCAGAAUGAUCAAAGAAAGAUUUCUCAGGGAAGGUUGGUUCCUCGUUCUGCUGGCUUUGAAAACUCCAAAGAGAAGCUCUCAGACCAAAAGGAAAACUUUGAUCCACGUAAACAUAUGGAUACUUUACCUAAAUUCUCCCCUUCAGCUGGUGAUGGUGGCAGAAUGUCUCUUAAUACUUGCAUGAAUGUUUGUGAAAAUGAACUUGGAAAAUCAUUCCUCAAGAAAGGGAAAGAAAAUGAUGUUCCUUUAAGAACCCAUCUACCAGGACCAGGAAUAGGAAAUAUGGACUCAAAGCUAAAAAUUCCUGUUCCAGAAAUGAGAGACCAUAAAAUUCCAUGUAAACCAGAAUUUAAACUGUGUGGACUGCGUCCUCCUCUAUUACGGGCUGUGUCCUGGGAUAGCUUGGAGCCUGGACAGAAAGAGAAAACCCCUUUAAAAUUACCAUCUGAGGAAGAUAAAAGCUUUCUUGGUAAUAAAUCCAGCAAUCAGUUAAAAGCAUUCAAAGACCUUCAAAUCCAAGUUCAGCCAGUUCGAAUGCAGAAGCUGACAAAGCUCAGGGAGGAGCAUAUUUUGAUGCGAAAUCAAAAUUUAGUUGGACUUAAGCUUCCUGAACUUAGUGAAGCAGUGGAACAGGAAAAAGGCCCUUCACCUCUCCCUUCCCCCACUGAAGAGGAAGAGACAAAGAACAGCUCUGAUGUCAUGCCCAGCAUUCCUGAUGUAUUGCUGCGAAAACUGCGAGUGCACAAAUCACUUCCAGGAAGCUCCCCACCACUCACUGAAAAAGAAGUUGAGAAUGUAUUUGUACAACUCUCCUUGGCCUUUAGAAAUGAUAGUUAUACAUUGGAAUCUAGAAUUCAGCAGGCAGAGAGAGAGAGAAAUCUUACUGAAGAGAAUGCUGAGAAGGAACUGGAAAACUUUAAAGCAGCAAUUACGUCUUCAGCUCACCUGUGGCACCACUAUGAGCACAGGGAAGCCUACCAGAAGCUCCUGGAGGACAUCGCGGUGCUGCGGCGUUUGGCUGCCAGGCUCUCGAGCCGCGCCGAGAUGGUCGGAGCCGUUCGCCAGGAGAAGCGUAUGUCAAAGGCAACAGAAGUAAUGAUGCAGUAUGUGGAAAACCUGAAAAGGACAUAUGAAAAGGAUCAUGCUGAACUAAUGGAGUUCAAGAAACUUGCCAAUCAGAAUUCUAGCAGAACCUAUGGUGCAUCUGAAGAUGGGGUUCCUCGUUCCUCUAGAUCCAUGUCUCUCACUGUUGGAAAGAAUAUGCCUCGAAGGAGAGUCAGUGUUGCAGUUGUUCCUAAAUUUAACUCCUUGAACAUUCCUGGUCAGUCACCAACAGCUUCACCUAUACCUUCAAUGCCAUCCCUGACUGAAUCACCAAGUAAUGGAAGGAGCAGCCUAACAUCUACUCCUGCUCUGCCAGCACUUCUGGAAAAUGGGAAGUCAAAUGGAGAACCUGACUGUGAAACCUCAACUUCUGUGCUGACACAGAGUGGGUUGGAAGAGAUCAGUGCUGAAACUAAAGCCAAGAUAGAAGAGGAAGCAUAUAACAAGGGAUAUCAGGAAGCCUUGAAGAAAACCAAAGAACUUCAGGAGCUGAAGGAAGAAGAUGAGGAGACACCCAAAGAAAGCCAUGAGGAACAUGAAGAAAGUGAAAAUGAAGAUGAGAUAAAAAAUCUGAAAAGCAGCAGACUUGAAGUCAUCAUUAAUUAUUUAUAUAUCCUGUACCCCAAACUGUGCAAACACUGGAAUGUGGUGUGGCUUGUGGUGGCUGCAAUAGUCAUUUUUGCUGUGGUGUUGGGAAUUUACCAUUCCUACAACUCCUGUGAUGAAAAGUCAGAGGCACCUGAAGGGAAGGCCAGCUGCUCUGCGGCCCAGCAGUAUUCCUGGUGGAACUCAGGAUUCCGACAGGAGCAACGCACGGAAUAACAGAGGGACAACCCCACCCUUACAGUCCCUGAGCAAGUUUGUGUAUUAGAGCACCGUUGUUAAAGGUAGUGCUUAGUCAUCCCUGUGGCUGUCCCACUGAUCCCUUAGGCAAGUGAGUUACUCUACACCACCAGGUUUGGGAUCCAUGGUGAGCAUUCCUUGCUAAGAUGCCAAUCUGAUAAAUAAUCCUGUCCGUCCUCUUGUUGUAAAAGACUCAUAGAAAUAAAGUAGUGUUGAAUCAUGGUAAGGCUGUGGCAGUAAUCAGCAACCUGCAAGACAUUUAAAAUAACAAUUUGCACAGGACAUUGACAUUUUGAAAACCAUCAUAAAACCUGCAUUUGCAGUUAAUGCUUUACUUUGCAUUUCCUGAAUUUACUGUUGAUUGUUGAAGUACUAAUUGCAUUGAAGUCCUUUGGGUUUUAAGAGGCUAAUUAAAUUCCUUAUUCAUGACUAUUGAGUAGAAAUAGAAGCACUUCCAUGGAAGAAUAUAAUUAUAUUCUAAGACCAAAUGCCUUGCUGCUAAAGUAAUUUUAUAAGAGGAAUUGUCUAUAUGAUUAUUUAAAUGGAAUGCUAAGUACAUGCAUAAAUGUGUUUUAUGAUAUGCUUUAAGAAUGGGACCACCACUUUUUUUUAAUGGGGUACUCAACAGAACCUAAAAUGGGGUCUAGGUGGCACAUCUGAUACCAUCCAAUAAGUCUGGAAAGUUCUGAGAUAUAAAAGUUUCCAAAAAUGUAUUUAUGCCACUCAGAGUCAGUACUGCUUACAGCCAAAAGUGGUAGAUGCCUGGAAGGGUCCAUGUGCUACCCAAGCCCAAAACACAACAGUCUUGGGCAUGGGAAGCAAUCUUCAAUUCUUGAUUGAAAAAGAAAACAAAAGCUCUUCAAACCUCUGUAUGGAGGUGACCACACCAAGUGGACUCUGCCCUCCUGCUAACACUGGAAAUAGGCAUUCUUUGAGAUCUGCAGCAGGAGCAGAGCCCUGAGAGCAACCAGACCCCAACCAGGGCCUGCAUGAAUCAGGCCGUGGUUGCAGUGAGGCCUUAGGAGAGCUCACUGUGUGUUUUCAGUAGUUCAUUUUCAGAAUCUAAUGCCAAGACCAAAACUGAUCUGAUACACUUCCAAAGCUGAACUACCACCUCAGGUCAGAAUAAUCUUUUGCCCAGAUUUUUUGCCAGUUCUGCCUAUUUGGGAGUUGUGAAUUCUUACACAAGAAUGCGAAAGCCUGAAAUUUUUGGACAAGCAAUUUGAAAAUGGUGAAGCCGUUACCUGUACAAAACCCAGCACCUAGGGCUGAGACCAAAAUGUGUGUCAGUGGAGGUGGGCCAUUUGUACCUGCUGAGCAUCACUUCUGAGGGAAGGUGAACCGUGUUUGUGUUUCCAUAGCUACGGCCACAACGGCAAAUCCAGUGUGACCCUCGAUUGCACUCCUGUCCUGCAUCCUCCUGGCAUUUUCUGGUUGAGAAAUGGGUCUGUUUUCCAACAGAAGGAUAAGAGUGUUAUGAAGUACUGUAAUUUCAGUUCUGAUACAGUCAAUAUUGUCCUGUCUUUUUUUGGUGGAAACACUGAACUUCAAGCUGUCAAAGAAAACAGGUUUCUAACUCAGUCAGAAAUUUAGUUCAUAUACCUGGCACUAACAACAAAUAUCCUGCUUGUGAAUUUUUGUUGGCCAUAUAUUUCUUAGAACAUAUUUAUAGGGGAAAGGAAAAAAAAAAGUGGACCACUACCACAUUUUUGGGGGAUGGGGUGGGGAAGGGAGUCUAUAAGCAAUUAGAAAGGGGUUUUUUUUUAAAUUUUAAAGUAUAUAUAUUGAGGAAUAAUGUGCUUAAGGAAGUUCAAAAAGGAUAACGGGGAAGUGUGAUUUGGUCUAAAAUUGCAAUUGGUAAAGAAUAAAGAGAAGGAUUUUUGCAAAUUACUUGGAAUCGGGUUCAGUUAGAAUUUCUGACUGUGAAGAACUACUGUGACCUUUCAUGUACUUUCAGUAUUUGAAGAAACUCAUCAGUUGUUUCUUGAAUACUUUACUAAAAUCAACUUCUUUAACUUAAUAUUCUUUACAAAUAACAUUGGUAACUUAACAAGGCGAUAAAAUUGAAAGUAAAUACUUCUAAAUAUUCAGAUUUUUCUAUGCCAAACAUUAUGGCACAUAUUUAUGUGAUUGUGGAAAUGUUGAGCUGCCCUGAAGAAAAAUAAUUAACACUGCCUGUAAUUGAAUUAAUUUGUUUUUAUUUACAUCUGCACUGUCGUGAGUCCAACAAUUUAUUUUAAGUACACAUAAAAAGUUAUUGAUAUCAACAGGACUCUCUAAUUGCUUAGUGUUAAGCAUGUGAAAAGGUCUUUUUGGUCAGUGGGUGAGUGAGCUCUCCAUCCUCUUAAAAUUCAGCACACUGGCUUUUUGUGGAAUUAGUGCAAAGGGACAAUUCCCAUAAGUAGUUUUACUGAUUUGAGCUGAACUACUUGCAUGUAUGAGGUAAGUAUAAUUUAGCCACAAAUGAACUGAAAGAGGCAAGAGAUUUUAGUGAGGGUGCAAAAAUGAUGAUAAAGUUUACUAAAAAAAAAGAAUUGUUCUUUUUAUAACUACUUUGAGCAAACUGUCCACUAAAAAUAACAAACCACAAUGACUAACAGCACACUAAAUAGCUAUGCUUAUAUUUUUCAGUUAUUUAAUUGAAACACCUUUUGUUUAAUAGGAAACUAGAUGAAGCUCAAAAACUACUCUAAAUAUAAUUUUAUCUGUUGGAUAUUAGUUUGCUUUAUUUGGAAAAAAAAGCCGAACAACCUCUUCUGUGUUCAAAGAUCACAUCAGAUAACAAGAAACAGACCUAUUAUUUAUGCUAUUAACACUGAAAUAGUUUUCUUGAGGUGCAAUAUUUAUUUUUCUGCUUUAACAAGACACAUUUAUGGUUUCUCCUGCACAGCACAAAUGUUUCUAGCAAAAGGAAUUUCAAAAGGGCACUAUUUUUGUGUAUCAUAUUUAAAUUUGUAAUAUUGUAAGAUUUUGCACAAGUGUGCUGGUAUUGUACUGUAUAGUAUCACAUACUUGAGUUUUGAAAUAAAAUUAUGGUUUCAAAGUUCUCAGUGUUUUUACCUUGGGGUGCUCUGUCUACAUAUUGCUGGCCAUGUCCUCAUGAAAUACGUCCUGCCUUGUAUACACUGUUACACGUUCUGAGGAUCUUGCUCUAAGUCUUCCAGUUCUUCAGGAAAAUGGUACAGAAGAGGAAAGCAAGCUCCUGUGUCAAUGGAGAAAGUGUUUGGAAACAGGAUCAUCCCUGCCAUGCCCUAGAAACCAGCUGAGAGAGGAAGCUGAAAUAUCCUGGGAAGAGUUCAACUCCUGCUUCGGAGGGAGGCCAUGUGUCCCGGAGGAGGCUGAACAUGGGAGCCACAAGGGAGAUCUGUAACCCAAGGAUUGAGGGUGAAAGGUCAGGAGUCUUUAUUUGCUUUGUGGACUUGGGAGCUCUGGGAAGCCUGGGUCUAGUGGGGAGCAGACUUGCCUGACAGUGGGUAGGAAUCAAUCCUAAAGUUCUGAAUCUCUGAUGGUCUCUGCCAGGGGACAAACUCUAGGACAUCAGCAACCUGGAAAGGAAUUACUGUUUCCAUGGAAAGACCCUGAUAUUUGUAUUUUCUCGUGAACAUUUUUUUUUGUUUCCUCUACUGUUGUUCAGGUUUCAAGGUUCCUUUUGAAAUUAUUGUAGAGAACAGUUACAUGUGUUCUGCCUUAUCAAUAGUUUUCGGUUUAGCAAUCCUCAUCAGCAUUUUAAAACAUGCUGACAUAAAAGGCUGGCAAUUUUUCAUAUAGGUUACAAUAAGUAUUUAGGUCAAAGACUAAUUAAUCAUUCAGUACAGGUCUGGUUUUUUUUACCACACUGAUUAUGAAGAGGACACCAAAAGGUUAAAGACCUUUUGUACUGUUACAGUCCAGAUAAGUGAUCUUCGACGCAAUUUUGGAGCAGCUGAACUAUAAAAAGGAAGAAACACACAAAAAACAAAGUUAUUUCAGUCUUGCCUUGUCCUUCUAAAAUUCUGUUCUCCCUCUCCUAAUCUGUAAGACCUUGUGAAGUAGCUCAUAUUGUUUGGUGUUGCAAAGGUGUUUAUCUCAUUUUUACAGCAAAAAUCCUACUAAACAUCAAGAGUUUGACUAAAGGAACUUGGCCAAGGCACAAAAUGUUAAGAUCUGGCAGGACAAGUAGCAUGCAAUUUUAAAAUGUCAGAAACCCAGCUAUUUAUUAAUUUUCAUGGUAGGAAAUACUUAGCAGUUUAAGGUAAGUAUUUUCAAUGGAAAGAUUUUGUUUGAUGUUGUCAGUAUUUUACAGCCACAGUCUAUAGUCUAUGAGAGCUACAGAAUAGCUAAUAAUUAUUUUCUGCUUCUACUUUGUAAAUGCCAGUGAAUCCUCUUACAACCUUCAAGUGAGAGCUAAAUCUGAUUGCAGUAUCUGACUUUGCCUGGCUUUGUAGGGGCAGGUAAGUAGAGCACAAGGAAGGGAACAGAAAUUUGGGCUAGAACUUUGAGUUUUACCAAAUUCAGUUCCAAACCACAGCCCAAACACAACCCAAUUUUCAUUUCAUCACUGCUAAUGGAGACGUGAUCUCACUGACCCCCAGCAUUCUCUUCAGGCCCUGUCUGUGUUACAGAGCACCAUCUAACAAGCCAGUUACAUGCUGCUGCAGAUGUGCCUGUGUCCCAUUAAAAGUUAAUGCUAUCUCAUAUAUUAACUGAGGACUUUCUAAAUCCAAACCACAGUUUAAAGAGGUAACUUUACACUGUUACACUUGAGUUUAUAGGACUCUGAAAACAGUCUGGAGACACUGGACAUCUAAAAGUCUGCUGAAUCACAAGUUGAACAUGAUGUAAGAAAAUCAUACUGCUGCAAAAAUAAAAAGACUGACACCAUUCUGAACUGUAAAGCAGG